AUGCCAAAACACGCUCGUUGUGCGGUAGGUUUUUGCGAUAAUGAUAAAAGAUAUCCUGACCUUGCUUUUGUCAGAUCACAUGUGGAGAAUUUAGUAUAUCACAAGUGGCCAACCGACCCUAAACUUGCCGAAAUAUGGCGAAAACAAGUGGCGAAGACUCGAAGUGAUUCCUUCAAUCCUUCCCCUGGUGCUAGUGGGACUUUCGUGUGUUCAAAUCAUUUCCCAUGUGGACGAAGAACUCCUGAAAACCCUAAAACGGAUUUUCCGUCUAUUUUUAUGACUGUUUCGGAUUACCUGCAGAAAAAAUCACCCAAGAAAAGGAAAGCGAACAAGUUACAAGAAGCUGGUUCUGCAAGAAGCCUGUUCCCUAGCUCCAAGGAGUCAAAGCAGGAUCCUGAGGAGAGUGAUAGUGAUGAUGAAGAAAUGGAAGCAGAUGCAGAUUACUCCGUCUCAGUUCCAAUGCAAUUCGAACAGUUGACAAGAGAAAUGGAAGUAAAAGUCUACACAGGUCUGCCAUCACCGAAAGCAUUCGAGUUCUUGUUCGAUUAUUUGAGCCCAAAGGCUCGGUUUAUGCAAUAUUGGAGGGGUGGAAAACAAACAAGAAAAGAAUCGUCUCAACCUCCCUCUCCUUUUGAGUUAGCAACUGGCUAUCUCAAAGGAAGACCUGGGCCAGAGAGGAAGCUUCGACUUGAACAGGAGUUUUUACUGACUCUUAUGAAACUAAGACUAGCUCUUCUAACUUUUGAUUUGGGGUUCAGGUUCCAUGUGUCAGCUUCCACUGUCAGUAGUGUUUUUAUAACUUGGGUUAAGCUCAUGUCCAAGGAACUCUCCGUUUUAAUUGUGUGGCCUAGUCGACAACAGAUCAAGAAAACCCUCCCAUACUGUUUUAAAAAGCUUUAUCCCAAAGUAAGAUGUGUAAUUGACUGUUUUGAGUGCUUCACAGAAACUCCAAGUGGACUUGACCUGGCAGCAACACUAUGGAGUGAGUACAAGCACCACUACACUUUCAAAGUCCUUGUUGCCAUCACCCCAAAUGGAGCAAUUUCAUAUGUUUCACCAUGUUAUGGAGGCAGGGCAUCUGAUAUUUUUAUUGUAAGGAAUAGUGGGUUUUAA